CGGUCAACAUGUUACUCUGAUGCAGCCAAGACGAGCGGAGGUACAGAUGUAGAACGACACCGGUUCCGAUACGGCGACUUCGGCGGCCGUUGCAUGCCCUUGGAGCAUUGAAGUUGUAGAUAUAUUAUUGACGCCAAUGAGACGCUCUUUCUCUCUCGUUGAUACCUGUCCCUUCGUCAAUCAAGAUUGCUUUAGACUUAAUAUCGAUCAUUAUGGCCAACUCAACGACUUACCGCAUCCUUGUCCUUCCGGGAGACCACGUCGGCCCAGAAGUCAUGACAGAGGCCCUCAAGGUCCUCGACGUAGUCGAAGAGUGCCAGCCCGGUCUGCGAUUCGAACGAGAUAGCGACCUCGUGGGAGGAUGCAGCAUUGACGCUCAUGGCGUGCCAGUCACAGAUGCAGUGCUAGAAAAAGCCGCGAAGAGCGACGCCGUAUUGUUCGGCAGCGUUGGUGGCCCCGAAUGGACCAACGCGCAUCCCAAUCCCGAAUCGGGUCUCCUACAGCUUCGGCAGCGUCUCGAUGCAUUUGCCAACCUCAGGCCUUGUGAGGUAUUCAUCCCGUCAUUGGUGGACGCUUCACCGAUCAAGGCAGACUUGGUAUUGGGAACCAAGUUCGUUGUGGUUCGUGAGAACUGCGGGGGCGCGUAUUUUGGCCAAAAGGUCGAAGAGCCGGACAUCGCAUCUGAUCUCUGGGUUUACACUAAACGAGAGGUCGAGCGGUGUUGCCGUGUGAGCGCUGCCGUCGCGCGCAUGCUGGGUCGCAACGGUGAUGGACAAGGUGGUGGAGGUCCUGCCAUCGUCUGGAGUGCAGAUAAGGCCAAUGUGCUCGCCAGCGGACGGCUCUGGAGGAAAGUAACCCAAAAUAUCUUCGACGAGGAGUUUCCAGAUAUCGAGUUGCGUCACCAACUCGCGGACAGCAUGGCUAUGUUGAUGGUUAAAAACCCCAGGGGCUUCAACGGUGUCGUCCAUACGGAUAACACCUUUGGAGAUAUUCUUUCCGACAUAUCUGGUGGCAUUACUGGAACGCUAGGUAUUCUGCCUAGUGCCAGUAUAUCUGGUAUCCCUGGUGAGGGUCGGUGUAAUGGCAUUUAUGAGCCUGUCCACGGAAGUGCGCCAGACAUUUCGGGUAAAGGGAUCGUCAAUCCCGUUGCGCAGAUCCUGAGUCUGGCUAUGAUGCUCAGGUACUCCUUUCAUCUCACCAGAGAGGCUGCGGCGAUCGAAGACGCCGUCACUCGUAUAUUAAACUCGAAGGAAGCCGGGGGCAUGGAUAUCAGAACUGCUGAUAUGGGCGGCAAGGCAAGCACAACCGAGAUUGGGGAUGCUAUCUGCGAUGCUCUGAGGACCAUACUGAAAACAUAGACAAUAUCGAUAUACCGUACAUGGAGUCCCCCCUCCAAAUGCAAAAGUGAGCGUCUCUGUCCAAACAAAGUCUAGCUCGUAUGGACAGAUUUACAUGAUGUAACUCUAUUCAGGUACUAUCAGACUUAUCUUUACUCCGUUGG